UUAUGUCCAUAUGCUGCAGUGGGAACUUGCCAAAAGGGAGAUAGGUAACUUAUACAAUUUUAUUAUUAUACACUAAGCCUGACAUUUUCGGUAUUAAACGUGCAAAAUGCAAAUGGUUUAUUUACAAUUUGCAAGGGGAAAAUAUUUAGCACUAAUGCCUGGUUUACAUUAUCAAAAUUUCUGUGACCACAGUGGGAAUUUUGCACAGGUAAAUUCUAAGUUUUGAAGGAUUUGUAAGAAAUGUUUGAGGAAACUGACUCAGUGUUUAACGCUAUAAGUCAGUUCCUCAAAAAUUUCUUACAAAUCCUUCAAAACUUAGAAUUUACCUAUGCAAAAUUAUUCCUACUGAUCAAAAAUUCCUACUAGUAUCACAUAAUUUUGAUAGUGAAAAUGGAAUAGUUUAUGAUCACACGCUUAGGAAAAGUUUAUGAUCACUAUCUUCGACAAUAAAGAUUGAACUAUUAGUCCAGCGGAUAUGCACAGAUAUUUGAGAAAAUCAUGCACUUUGUGAAGAAAACACCAAAUGUAGACUUUAACAUGAUAAUGAAUCUUAGAUAUGGAGGCAUCACCAAAAUUGAUGCUGACGGCUUAAAAUUUAGGAUUUCUUAUAUUCUCUUAUUAAUCUCUUAUACAAUUAAAAAUUGUGAAAUUGCAGGUUCACAUAUAGCAAAAAUGACAUGCGUCAUUACAAAGCUUACAAAAAACUGUAUAUAAGACAUUUAAGCAGUUACUUUGAUUUUCCAACUCCUCUGGAGUUACGAGCGGUUGAAAAUAUGUUUUAGGGCUAGUGUCCAGGACUUUGGCGGGAUUUUUGCCUAUUUAUCACGUUUUUAAGUUGAAUAUGUUGGAAAAGAGACAGAUAGUUAAAAUCGAACAACUGGCAACUAAGCAAGGCAACAAUAACUUGGAACACAUUUUUGUGGCAUAUAUUUUGGGCAGAGAAGUGCUCGAAAACAGUUCCGGCUGAACUGUCUAGAGGCUCUCGCUAACCUAAGUUUUAUCUAGAGAAACAGGCGAAUCUCUAGACUGCAGAGGGCAUGCUUGACUCUGUGCAUGUCGUUCAGCGAGCUGAGACCUAGUUGGACUGGUGAACAACUAUUGGUAUAGGGCACAUUACCCAGGGUACUCAAAGCUGGCUGAGGAUACAUGCAAAAACUGUAGGUUGUUCUAGAGGAACAGGCGGACCUCUAGAUAACAGGGGAACAGGCGAACCCCCGUUCAGAUCCGUCAGGCCGUCGACAUUGAGACCUAGUUGGACUGGUGAACAACUAUUGGUAUAGGGCACAUUACCCCGGGCCGCAACUGAUAACCUGACUGACCACAUCGAGUCUCUAGGACUGCUCAUUCAGGUCUUCAGUGCGACCUGAAUGAGCAGUGAUUGCGCUUCACGUGGUGAAGUGUUGUCCAUCGGACAGCACUUCCCUGCCAUUAAUGACAAUCUAUACGAAGUAUAGGUUGUCGUUUCCGCCACGGGAAGCAGCGCAGAGUCGACCGGGUCGGCAAUAAAGUGAAAAAGGGGGUGGUUAAAGAAUAAAAAUUUUGUUUUUUGCUUUGCGUUUAGCAUGUCAAUAUUAGGCAGAUUCGUUAAAUGUUUGAACUUUGUUGUUGUUUUUAUAUGAAAGAACUAAUUGCAGACCCAUUUCAGUUCAUUGCCGACGCGGCCAAGUCCGGCUAUGUCAAUUUAACGAAGUCAAAAGGCCCGAGGUUCACUAGAGAAUGCUGUUCACUUGAUGCUGACACUUAUGCUAAGGCUGGGUAAUCAGGGAGGUCAGGAAAAAACCUGCAGUACAGGAAAACCUGGGUAGGGCCAAGACCACCCGCAGCUCCCCACAUAGCUCUAUCUUUACAAGUGUAAGAAGAAUCAGCAUCAUGGUAAACAGCACCAUACCUAAGACUGCAAACGAUAACGUCGGAGCGAGGGUUAUAUAUAAUAGUAGCAUAGUGUUUUUACCCUUUUACUCUGCGGGUUUACAAGUAGGCUGGCAUUUUGAACUAGCUGCUUUUUCUACAACCAGUAUAAAGUGUUUAUAACCAUUUUAUUCCUGCAAGUAUCCAAGUUAGGUUAUAUUUUGAAUUUGCCAUUGUUUAAACUGGAUUAUAGAAGCUUCUGAGCGUUAUAAACUACUAGUUAAACCUCAGUAACCUCGUCCUCGCAAUUCAUGCAGGCCUAGAACAUUACAAUACUUAUAGACAGUUCAUAGGUUAGAAUGUUUUAGAGUUCAUAAUCGAGCGAUGAGGCUGCAAUCUGGGAAUAGUCUUCGUUCAUAGCAAUAACCGGAAAACCGCUUGGAAAAUCAAUCAGCCGUUUAAAAGUCUUAUAUGUAGUAAUCAUGCAAGUCAUUUUUGCUAUAUGUCAUUGUGAACCUGCAAUUUCACAAUUUUAAACAGUAAUAGAGUUUAAUAAGAGAAUAUAGGAAAUCCUAAAUUUUAAGCCGUCAGCAUCAAUUUUGGCGAUGCCUCCAUAUCUAAGAUUCAUUAUCAUGUUAAAGUCUACACUUCCUGUGAAUUUGGUGCUUUCUUCACAAAGUGCAUGAUUUUUUACUUUUCCGCUGGACUAUAUACUACAAAGACGAAAAGCCACCCUCUGUUUAAAGCAUGAACUUUUUCCACUUUGUUUCAGCUGUUCAUUUCUUCAUGGUCUGCGUUGUGAUGUGUGUGAUAAUUUCUGUUUGGAUCCAAACGAUCCUGAGCAGCAGAAAGGUUUGCUGAGACAAUUUAUCUGAAAGCUUCUACUGUAUACCGCAACCAAAUUUUGCAAUUUUACUAAUUUCAUUAUGUUCUUUUUAGCUGUGGCGUUUGAUUCCCUUCUCUUUACUUACACUAAAAUUUAGUCUAACAUGCAAGUUGUUAAUUAAAGUAAAGGAACUCAAAUGUUCUCGAGAAGCAGGGGUGGGAAAACAGGACCAUUGGUCCAAGGACAUAUUUUUGACUUCUCAGAAAAUAUUUCCCCAAAAUGAAAAAAGACAAUUGUAAUAAUUUAGAUAAAAGGAGAAAUUCAGAGGAAAAAUUCUAACCACAUGCAUGCAUGGAUACCCCCUGAUAAGCCCUAGGCAAACUAGGAAACAUUGUUUCCUGCCAAUGUGUUGCCAUGUUUCCCAGAGUGGGCAAACACUAGGAAACAUUAGUGAGAAACAUAGGGAAACAUCAAAUGUCUCUGAAUUAGGUAGGAAACAUUUUUGCUUCUCGGGAAACAAAUUUUGUUUCCGCAACAAUGUUUCCACAGGUGGACAAACAGGGAAACAUUUGAGGAAACAUCAAGAAUCACAAAUGUUUCCACAACAAUGUUUCUUAAUUUGCCCAGGGCCAUAGUGUCCACCAAUAAUGCCCUUUUUCCAUCUGUAUCUAUCUUACAUCCGACCCUUGAUGCAUGUUGUUAUCUAAAUUGUUAUUAUUAUUAAAACUUUAUUUAAAGAAGGUUAAUUUACAAGGAAAUAUGCCUGUUUAGCUUUCGCUAAUCUUCCACUGGACCUUCUAAUAUUAACUAUAUAAUUAAAUAUGUUUACAUGCAGUACAAUUUACAUUUCUACAGACUACAGUAUACAUCAUUACAUAAAGUACAUAUCGAUAUAGGUAUAACAAAUUAGAAUUAACAUACACUGUACAUCUUACGAGUUAUUUUUAUACAUAUCCAAAAACAAUUCAUGGGCUUUACGCUUGAAUGCUUGAAAUGAGCUGGAAGAUCAAUAAGAGUAUUAUUAUGAAAUAAUGUUAUACUGCAUAAAAUAUAGCGUGCAUGACAUCCAGUUUGACAACUUGUUUUAAGGCCCGUUUACACUUGCAAUUUUUGCUGUGAUUUCCAGUGCGAUUUUCUCCUUCAUCAAAUAAAUCGACACUCGGACACUGUAACUGCGUUACAUUAAAGGGGCAAUGUCACCGAUUUUUGACCUAAAAUGCCUUUUAUUCAAAAACUGAACUACAAAGUUAAAAAUAAACAUUGUAAAUGGAUUAAGUUAUGAUAUAAGAAUCAUAUUAAACAACUUUGAACUUCCACGCAACAUGUAACAUGACAUUUUCAUAAAAAUUGACUAAAACUUGAAAAAGUGUCUGCCAACAAUUAAUCAAGAUGCCAUUUACAAUCCGUCUCAAUCCUGGCGUAAUCUUGCCCAUCUAGACUUCUGUACAUGUUUUUUUGUGUCUGUUAUCGCUUUAUUUUGUGCUUACACUCAUUCUUUUUCAGUUUGGGGCAAAAUUUGCGAGGGUUGGAAUUGCUCAAAAAUCGGUGACAUUGCCCCUUUAAAGGCUCGUUUACACUUGCAAUCUUUGCUGCAAUUUUCUUCUGAUGGAUGUGAACGAUAAGUUAUGAAUGUUCAGAUGAGCGUACAUGUACUCUAGGCCGUGGGCUGUUGGGCGAAAAAGUGCCUAGAAAAGCAAUUUCGUGGCACCCUCCUGCGAAAUAGAUUUUCUGUGGUUCAAUUCAUAGAACCAUAGAUGCUUAAUUACCACAAAAAGUCCCCAAGCAAAAAACUUGCCCAACACCGAGAAAAUGGGUGAUCAGUGAUUAUCCUCUAUUAAAUUGUAUUACAGCAAGGAAAUGUAAAAUUUUGUAUUCAAUUACAACAAAAAUGACUUGCAUUAUCAGAAAGCUUACAAAAACCUACAUAUGAGACAUUUAAACAGUUUUUUAUAUCUAAAAUUGUUUUCGAGUUAUACGCUGUCAAAAACGCGUUUUUGACCUAGUACCCAGUCCUUAUUGCGACAUUUUGGUCCAAUUUUCACAUUUAAAACAGCAACAACUCAAAGACUAUUUGAAAAAUAGAAAAACUGUUAAAAGUCUUAUAUGCGAUUUUUUGUACGUUUUCCAAUAAUGCAAGUCAUUUUUAUUGUAAUUGAAUACAGAAUUUCCCAUUUUUUUGCUGUAAUACAAUUUAAUAGAGGAUAAUCAUUGAUCACCCAUUUUCUCGGGAUUGAGCAACUUUUUUUUGUAGUGAUGUACCUAUAUGCCUUUCAAAUAAACCCCAAACCAAGUAUUUCCCACAUGGGUGCCACGAAGCGAAAUAAUUAUGGCCAAAAGCCCACGGCCUACUCCGAACAUUCCUAACUCAUCUACUCGUUCACAUCCAUCAGAUUUGCAGAAAAUUUUCUAUGUUCUCUCUUGCGGUCCCAAAAAGUUCCCAAUGUUCUCUUGCGGUCGCAGAAAGUUCCCAAUGUUCUCUUGCGGUCCCAGAAAGUUCCCAAUGUUCUCUUGCGGUCCCAGCCCUGUCGAGAAGAUCUCACAGUUCAAGAAUGUUAUUGCUGCUUAAACAACCUUCGUUUACAAUUAUUAGUGUUGCUGAAUCGCGCACCGUGACUUAUUUCAAUACAUCAAAAUCAUUCCGCCUCGCAUAAUUAUUAAGAAUACUGUAUUCAUAUCAUUUUAUAUACCCUUACUAUCCCUUGUGUCUAAAGUCCUUGAGCACGAGGUCCACGCCCGAACCCCCUAUAUCGUCAAACCUCUACUCCACUCGCAACAACAUGGCUUUCGUGCAGGAAGUUCCUGUGUCACCCAACUACUUGAUGUUGUACACAAUAUUGGCAAGGCAUUAGACUGUGGAAAAGAAAUUGACAUGAUAUAUCUGGACUUUUCAAAAGCGUUUGACUCUGUUCCCCACGAUAAACUAAUUGUGAAACUACAACAAUUUGGAAUAACAGGACGGCUUUUGCACUGGUAUAGCGACUAUUUAUUGGGACGAAAACAAAGUGUUGUAGUAGAUGGUGUUUCGUCGAGCUAUCUUGAUGUGACAUCCGGAGUUCCACAAGGAAGUAUCGUCGGACCCCUACUCUUCCUGGUCUAUGUUAACGACCUCCCUGACGCUGCUGAAUACAGCAAAGUACCCAUGUUUGCCGACGACAGCAAAUGUUAUCGAGUCACAUAGAAACAUCACAUGACACUCAACUCCUUCAGUCCGAUCUGCAUUCCCUUAGCAGUUGGUCCUCUACCUCAGAAUUGAAGUUUAAUCUCAAAAAAUGCAUUGGAAUCAGAUUCUUCCGCAAACGAUUAAUUGAGUCACCCGAAUACAGUUUAAACCACGAGCUGAUAACCCUUAAAUCUUCUCAAAAGGACCUUGGCAUAAUAAUUAGUAACAACUUAAAAUGGUCACCUCAAAUAACCAAUAUCCUGUCAAAGGCAAAUCAGAUGCUCGGUUUUCUCCGACGCAACUGUAUCCACCUGACUGAUAUAAAAUGUCGACGCUCUCUCUAUCUGGCAUUCGUGAGAGCUCAUCUGUGUUAUGGAAGUGAACUUUGGACGCCUCAAUCAACAUCAAAGGCUUCCGUAUCAAAAGUGUUCAACGACGAGCGUCCAAAUACAUACUUCAAGAUUACCACUCUUCCUACGCUGACCGACUGAAACUUCUUAACCUUCUCCCUAUUUCGUAUUGGUAUGAGAUGAAAGAUAUUAUUUGUUUCUACAAAAUCAAAUCUGGACUCUACGACCUAAACCCCGAAGAUUAUAUCGACCACCCUACCCACCAUCUGACCCGCUUCAGUUCAACCAACUGUUACAGACCCAACCUUUGCAGAACUGCCUAUUUCAGAAGUUUCUUCUUCAACAGAAUUGUGCCUUGGUGGAACAACCUUUCUGAAGAUCUGAAAUCCUCCACCUCUACUGCCUCACUCAAGUAUAAACUGAAGAACUACUACCGGGACAAACUUGAAACAUUCUUUGACGUUGAUCGUCCAAGGACAUGGAAAACCAUUUGUUCUAAAUGUCGUUGUUGUUGUAUUGUUGUUCGUGAUAGUUGAGAGCGCUCCAAGCUGUCUUUUCAUUUCCAAAAUGUUUUUUGUUUCAGUCUAUUCGAAUAAAGCAAAUUAAACGCCCAGAUAAAACAACACCCGGGCGGUCUAUGUUCUGGUAUCCUAUCUUUGGAAAAUGCAGGGACAGCUUGGAGCACAUGCAUGUUUAGGAUGUUUACUGUACUCUGUAAAUGUGUCUGUGCUGCACAAUGUUGACCCAUCUAUAUGUAUAGAUCUUUUUUUUGUAAUUUUGUAAGGAUUGCAACUAUGGGCGGUCCAUGUCUAGUUCAUAUUUAACUUUUGAAAGUGUAAGGAUGGUUUGGAACGCACUGAUCGUGUGUUGUAAUUUUGUCUUGUAGCUUUGUUAAAGUUGUAACCUCUCUCUAUUGUUUUACAAUGUUAAUGUAAUAUGUAGGUAGGACUUAAUUUGGGACUCCACAGUCCUGUUGUCUGUACCUUCAAUCGCUUUGUUGAUUGUAAAGUUUAUAAAUAAAAUAAAUAAAUAAAUAAAAUUUUGUGUUUGUUUUUUUCACCAGAACACAGAGAAGAGUGUAUGAAAUGGCUGGAGGAAAAUAUGAAAUAUUCGUUCGCUGUUCAGAA